AUGGUUAGAACAAGAGGUCUAGCACGUGCCUCAGGUAGUGGUACAGGGAGAGGCACGAGUCGAGAUGAGCAUGAUGUUGAUGUUCCCCGAUGCCGUAGGCCUAUAGCUUCUACCCGUAGGCAACGGGUUCAGGUUGAUGUCGCUGAGGAAGUUCCUCAGGUGACUGAGGGUGUUCCUCCUCAAGUGACUGAGGAUCUUCCUCCUCAGGUGACUGAGGAUAUUCCUGAUCAGGUGACUGAGGAUGUCCCUCAUGUGGACGAGGACAUGACAACUGCGGACGUAGAUGCUGCGAAUGUAGCUGUUGAUGGUGCUGAGGGGUCACCUGUUGAUGAUGGCCAGGGAUUCUCUAGUGGGCCACGUGACCCAUUGGUCCUGACAUCGUUUGCUGACCAUGUGGCAUACAGUAUUUGGACUGGCAAGGAACGACAUGAGUUGAAGCUGGUCUCCCACGGUAGGAAAGUUGAUAAAAUUGGGAGUCUAGCGCCUGAGAUUGAAGGCCUUGUUGCCGACACAAAAUUAAGUCCAUUGAUCGGCUGUUCUCUGAUCACCGACGAUCCUGGACUGAUAUUCGCAUUUGUAGAGAGGUGGCAUAGGGAGACCAGCACCUUCCACCUUCUAGUGGAGGAGUUGACGAUCACACUAGACAAUGUGGCAUGUCUCCUCCAUCUUCCUAUCACAGGGGCAUUACACAGGUUUGAGCCUCUAGGCAUGGACGAGGCGGUCUUGCUGUUGACGGAGCUUCUAGAGGUAUCCGGCGAGGAGGCUCGAGCUGAGACCGUAUGUGCUCAUGGGCUUACGUGCGACUGUCAUGGCUCCGUGAUGUCUAUGAGACUAGAUGCCAGGCCUGACAUUGGAUUGUAG